CAGAGGCAGUAGAAGUAGCGACGCGAGACGACGGCGGGCGGACGGGCGCGGAGGCGCAUACGGUGAACGGUGCGACCGUGACCGGUCCAGGACGGUGACAUGUUGUCAGCGCUGCUCAGACAGGAGGUGAAGGUGACAGAGAAGAGGACAGAGCAGGCCAGGCAACCGGAGGGCGGCGGUCGACUGUACGCCGUCGUCUGGUGGCUGAGCCUCGUCUCACUGGUGAUCGUCACCAGCCUGCUCCGCUACUACCAGAUCGGAGACCCGCCAGCCGUCACAUGGGACGAGUACCAUUUCUUGAGGUUCUCUCAGCAUUACUUGAAUGGGACGUACUUUCAAGAUGUGCAUCCUCCGCUGGGAAAGAUGAUAAUUGGCGGCAUCGGGUACCUGGCCGGCCAGAAUCGAACCCAACUGGUCAACGUCAAACAUGUCUACCAGUAUCCGUACGACCAGUGGUACAUCUUCAUGAGAAUGGGUGUGGCGACAUUCGGCAUUUUGCAGGUGAUCACCUCGUUCCUGACCGUCUGGGAGAUCAGCAGGUCUCUGUCAGCAGCCUUCAUGACGGCCGUUCUCAUCGUCUGUGAUCCGGCAGCCCAUGCCUUGAAUCGACUGGUCAUCCUGGACCCGAUUCUGCUCUGGUUCAUUCUGUUAUCGACCUUCUGCGGCGUCAAAUUCGCCUCACAACGACACAAUCCGUUCGGGCUGCGCUGGUGGCUGUGGAUGACGGCCACCGGCGUCGCCCUGGGUCUCACCAUGGCCGUCAAGUACGUGGGCGCGUUUGUCGUGGCCCUGAUCGGAGUGCAGGCCGUGUAUGACCUCUGGGAGCAGUACUGCGACCUCACCGCCAGCCUGUGGAACUUGGUGAAGCACGUACUGGCGCGCUGCGUGGGCCUGAUUCUGGUGCCGCUCCUGCUGUACCUGGCCACGUUCGCCCUCCAUCUACAGAUACUAGACGAAGGGUCGACAAUGCCUGGGAUUGGCCUGGGCUCGGCCCAGUUUCGUCUGUCGUUCCCUGAUAACGUGAUCGGCCAGCGGACUCCCCCGGUGGUCAUGUACGGGGCACAGGUCACCAUACUGAGUACAGUACCGGCCAUCGGGUACCUGACCACCUCGUACGACCUCUACCCGCCCGAGUUCACCGCGGAGCAUCAGAUACUCUCGUUCGAUAUGAACAUGGACGAACUGAACGCAUGGGCAUUCAAGCACGCCGAUGACGAAGACAUUGUCGACCUGCGCUCUCCUGACUACGUGCCGGAACCGGUGAUGCACGGCGAUCUGGUGCGUCUGUUGAACGUCUUCACGGAGCGGCAUCUUCAGACCCAUCGGCUACCGGCCGCCAUCACCAAACACAUGUACAUGGCCUGUGGCUACGGCGAGAUCGGCGAGUUUCCCGAGGGCGGCGUGUGGCGGGUGCUGGUGGACGACCCCUCUGCCGAGCCGGGCGUCACGCCUCUCUCGGCCAUCCACCCCGGGUUCCGGCUGAUCAGUAACCGAACAGGCUGUGCGCUGCGGCCCGGCAUCAGCAAGUACCCCGAAUGGGGAUAUCACGCAUGGGAGGCGGCUUGCGACCCGAAAGGAUUAAAUCUCAAUGAUCCCAGCCAGGUGUUUCAGAUCGACGAGAACGUCAAUCCCAGGAUUCCGGCAGAGAAUCUAAAGGAGCGCUUCCAGCUAUCAACCAUCCAGAGGAUAAUCGAGAUGCACCGGGUAAUGUUCGCGUCCAACCAGCGUCUGACGUUCUACGAGUUUGAGGGCGAGGAGGGCAUCCAGAAGCACCUGAGCAGCCGGCCGUGGAUGUGGCCGGUGCUGUACCGCGGCUGUCCGGGCCACGCGUCCGACAUGCACUCGCUCUACUUUGUAGGCAGUCCGCAGGUGUACUUCCUGAACCUGGCAGUGCUCGCUCUGCUGCCCGUGCUGGCUGUCAGCUACGCCUACCGCCGCGCCCGGCAGACCACGCAAACAGAGCCCUCCCGGCUGGUGGAGGGAGUGGUGUUCCUGGCCACCGGCUGGGCGCUGCACUACCUGCCCUUCUGGGCCAUGGGACGCAUCCUCUACUUCCACCACUACCUACCGGCUUUCUUCUUCAGCACGAUGAUCACAGGGCUGCUGACGGACGCUGCCAUUGGUCGUCUGGAGGGCUUCCUCAGACCCGGGCUGCGGGCCUUCGUUCGGCCCACCGUUGUAGCAGCCUUCACAGCGUUCUACGUCAACAGCUUCAUCACCAACUGGGCUCUGGCGUUCGGACUCGUGACUGUAGAUGACGAGGCGCACCCGGAGACAAUCAAGGACCACUUCUACUUCGACUCCUGGCUACUGUAGCUGAAAGGGACCUACACCGCUUUUAUCUCCAUUCCGGCGGCAGAGUUUCAAGUCCGCAGUGGAGGAUGUACAGAAAGCCCGGCGAGCGGGGAAAGGAACGUUAUUCCGUCAUCAGAUCGAUCUUUCAAGAUGAAUUGAGUUGUUUGUUAUUGUUGUUACAGCUGUGGGCGGUGAUCGGCUGAGUUUUUUUUAUAUAUAGUACUCAUUGUCCGGAAUCGAACGGCUAAGAAUAAACAAGAGUCUGAUA